UUGACAGAUCUCAGCAUCAUUAUGUCAAGUCAAGGUGAAGCCAGCGGCAUGGGAGACAAACUGCUAACACCUGAACAGGACCAGGGUUUAACAAGGCUCAGACAGUUUUCACCAGGACAUGUUCGUAAACUGGGGCAGACGAGGAAACUACGAGAGAGGAGGGAUUUUAAAGAAGAUGAGAAUCCAGAGGAGAAAGAACGAAGACACAAGGAGCUGGAGCUGAAGCCUCUGUAUAAGGAGCUGCUGUACACCAUCGCUCAUAAGAUGGGUCAACCAUCGUCAGUGGAGGUGUUCACAGACCCACAGCUUCACCUGUACAUCCAGGAGGCUUUCACUAUGACAGAGUCAGAGCACAGCAGUCUGAUGGAGAGAGUACAGAGCACAGAGCCCCCAGUGUACUGUCUGAUGGCCACUGUGAAGGAAGCAAAGGGGAUCCUGGGAAAAGAUGUCAGUGGUUUCAGUGACCCGUACUGUCUGCUGACCAUACUGGAGGAUGAGGAGGAGAAGAGGACUCGCCAGUCCAGAGCCAAACCCUGUAAAUCAGUUGUGAAGGACGCAGCAUCAGGAGACAAGAUCUACCAGACAGACAUAAAGAAGCAGACCCUGAACCCCAUCUGGAACCAGACCUUCAUACUAGAGUUUGGAGACGUCAGAGGAGCAAACUUCCAUCUGGAGAUGUGGGACAAGGACGAACAGGUGUCCCUCACCCAGAAACUGGAGGAGAUCAAAACCAAUUUUAACAGUUUAAGAAGGAUGAUCAAGGAGGCCAAGAAGGAGAAAGGCACUGACGACUUUCUGGGAAACGUUGUCCUAAAGCUGCAGGACCUCCACUGUAGUGAAGAUAACUGGUACAACCUGCAGCCCAGAACAGAGACGUAUCCUGACCGUGGACAGUGUCACCUGAACCUCAAGUUCAUCCACAAAGCUAGAGAUGGGACACUGAGUGCUGGUCGCAACGCUUACGUCAACUAUUGUGGGAUUCUGCAGCAGUUUGUUCAAGCGUACAUCUCCAAGCAGCAGAGCUCUGCUCCGUGGAAAGGUGCGCUGUGUGGCGAGGCUCAGACUCUGCUGGAGCUCUACGCCACGCAGAACGACCUCUCCCCUUUCCUCCAGGACCUGGCGAAGUGGGUAGCUUACAGUAAACUGUACCAGAGCCUGGAGGUGGACUCGUCCGUGUUGUUGCAGCAGCUCACCAGUAUAGAGUAUCACUGGCACCAGCAGGAGCUGCCGCACCAGCAGAAACAGGAACUGGGAGACUCUCUUCACGGGUUCCUGCAGUACGGACUCUGUCUGGUGUCCAAAUACAGAGACAUCUUCCCUCCAACUGCCUCUGCUAAUCCUAAACUCCACACACUGCUCAGAAUCCUGGUCCAGAUCUGUAAAACCCAGGCCUUUCAGAAACUGAACCCAGCUCACUUCGAGUUGCAGGAUGAGGUCAGCUUGGCCAUACAGACAGGUACACAGGAGUGGUUCACCAUCAAAAAGGGUCUCCACCAGCCCAUGACCAAGGAGCUGUCAGAGAUCGUCAGCGCCCUCUCCAGGCUGAUUGGGGAGGUGCAGGAGGACAUUAAACACAACAAGGACAACUGGAACAAGGUGUUUGUCAGUGCUGUGCAGGUGGACGUGUUCACCGUGGUCUAUAAGAGGUUCGACUCUCUGCUGGCGCAGGAAGUGAAGGACACUCUGUCACUGAUGGAGGGACAGAUGGAGCAGCCUCUGGCCAACAGCCUGUUCCCUGUUUACCUGAGUCUGCAGGCCAUCCACAAAGACAAGGCCUUCUUACAGAAGAGGGGACUCCUCGAGCUCACCAACUUCCACGAGGAUUUCAGGGAGGCUCUGCCGUACUGGCUCAACCAGGCCUUCAGCAAGACUCAGGACCGGGUGGAGCGGGCUGUGCAGGUGGACCAGCUCCAGCCGCUGCAGUCCGGCUCAGUGCCCAUUAAACACAGCUCCUCGGCAGUGGACCUGGUGGCCUGUAUCCAGCCCAUCUGCCAGCUGUGGGAACAGCUGUCCUGGCCCGACCCCGAGGAGGCCUUCAUGCUCAUGGUCAAACUCACUGAGGAUGUGUGUAAGAUCGUGGUGAACUACUGCCACAUCCUGAAGGAGAGGGUCCGCAUCCUGUCUGAGAACUCGGACCACGGCAGUGCCAUCAACAUGCUGUGUGUGGUGGUCAACGACCUGGAGCACCUGAGGUCCGUCCUCACCAGACUUCCUACACAGCUGAACUGGGCGGGGCUUCGAGACCGGACCCAAACCGUCAUCGGGGAGAGUCAGUUCCACAACACGCUGCCCUCCCAGCUGCAACAGGCCCAGAGCAUCCUGAGCCGGGAGAUCCGGUCCGCCUUAGACACGCUGGGAAAGAAGCUGAACACAGACAUCGAGACCCACGUUAGAAGCAUGUCCACCAGGCGGCGGAUUCCCUCCAAGUCCACAGAGGACGCUGCUGCUCCUCUGAUGCGCUACCUGGAGCAGGAGCUGCAGUACAUGAAUGAAAACCUGGUCCAGGAGAACUUCAACAGUCUCCUGACUCCUCUGUGGAACAACUCCGUGAGGAUCCUGUACCAGGUGGCGACUCAGCAUUCGCAACAGGAGGGGUUGAUGGUGUUCUGCCAGAGGCUGCUGUACACCCUGCAGUGUCUGGAGCAGUGUUUCCACGCGGAGGGAAAUGGACUCCCUCUGAACGCUCUUCACUCUGAUGACUACAAGACUCUCAAAGCUCACCUGACCCACAACUCUCUGAGCAGCCAGGAGCUGAUGCAGAAGUUCUUUGACAGGAAGAUAAAGGAGCAGAAUGUGUACAGUGGAGAGAAGUACGGAGCCGUCACCCUCCUCACCUCCUACAGAAGAUCAGACCAAAGACUCAGGGUGGAGGUGCUGAAUGCAGUCAACCUCUUACCGAUGGACUCUAAUGGUCUCAGUGAUCCGUUCGUGCAGCUGUGCCUGGAGCCGAACCACAUCUUCAGGGAGGUGGAGCCUCGCUGCACUCAGAUCAAAGACUGUGACCUCAACCCUCUUUUUGAUGAGGCCUUCGAGUUUCUGGUCUCUCUCGAUCAGUGCCAGGCUCCAGGGGCCUGCCUGGCGGUGACGGUUCUGGACCACGACACCCUGAGGACAGACGACUUUGAGGGCGAGGCCUUCCUGGGACUCAAGGCCAUUCCAGGAGUAGGAGGAGGGCGGGGCGGAGAUGGACUGAGCUCACAGCCGGACAGCCCCCCUGCUCAGAUCCGCCUUCCUCUGAUGCAUCCUAAACCUAAUGAGGACGUCAUCCUGAGGCUGCUGGAGUCGAGGAGAGGAGAGCGGGAAGCUCAGGCCUUCGUGAAGAAGCGACGACAGAGAGAGAAACAGUCACAGGAGGGAAACGGACAGUGAUGGACAGAGACAAGUUCUUCU